GUUUUCUAAAAACAAAAGCAAUUAAAGUCUCCCAUCAACUAAUGAAAAACAAACUAGACUUCAUUACAUGCAUCUCAACAACCUUGCCAUAAUCCCAUGAAGUCUUGAACCAUUGUUUCCUUAUAAAUACCAGCACUUCAUGCAUAAAUCAGCCAAACAUCCUACGCUCGUUUUGAUCAGCUUUCACUUAUAAGAAAAAUAUGGUCUCAUUUCCCACUGGUGUGAAAGAGCCGGAAUAUGGUAAAAUACUGCUUUCAGAUGUAGUUGUUACAAGGAAGAGAAACCUCUUCUGGGGACGUAAAUGGAGGACCCUCGAUGUUAAAAUGGCUGUUGGAAUCUUAUCAAUUCACAUACUUGCGCUGUUUGCCCCAUUUACAUUCACUUGGGAUGCUUUUUGGACUGCAUUUUUAAUGUAUGUGUUGUGUGGGAUUUUUGGUGUAACUCUCUCGUAUCAUCGUAAUCUAGCACACCAUAGUUUCAAGCUGCCUAAGUGGCUUGAAUACAUCUUUGCUUAUUUCGGAGUCCUAUCUUUCCAGAGGGAUCCAAUAUUUUGGGUGAGCAUUCAUCGAUAUCACCAUCAAUACGUUGAAUCCGAGAAAGACCCACACUCUCCCACCUUUGGGUUUUGGUUUAGUCAUAUGGGUUGGCUAUUUGACAGCGGCUACAUAAUUGAAAAGUAUCAAGAACGUAAGAAUGUAGAAGAUUUAAAGAGUCAAGCGUAUUAUAAGUUCAUUCAACGAACUUAUGUAUUGCAUAUAUCCACAUAUGCGGCCCUUGUUUAUGCUUUUGGUGGAUUUACCUAUCUUGUUUGGCUUGUGGGUGUCGUACCAACGUGGGGUUAUCACGUGACAUUUCUAGUGAACUCAGCUUGUCACAUAUGGGGGAAUCAAACUUGGGACACUGGUGAUCUUUCAAAGAAUAACUGGUGGGUGGCAUUGGUUACUUUUGGAGAAGGAUGGCAUAACAAUCAUCAUGCAUUUGAAUAUUCAGCUCGACAUGGGCUAGAAUGGUGGCAAAUUGAUUUCUGUUGGUAUAUGAUAAGGUUUCUUGAAGCAUUAGGAUUGGCAACCAAUGUUAAACUGCCGAGUGAAGCUCACAAACUAAAGAAAUCGUUCACUUCUGUUAAGAAGCUCAAGUGA